CUCUAUACUUUAUUAUCACCUCUGUCACUUUACAAAUAUUUUGCAAUGGCUGAUGUUGUUGUACCUGUCCAUAGCAGUAGUACCAUGGUUGGGGAGAAGAGCAGCCAAUUCAUGGCCAAGUUGGGACUGGUUCAAAGGCUGCAAGGUGGGGUUAUUAUUGAAGUCACUGAUGUAGAGCAAGCCAAGAUAGCCGAGGAAGCUGGAGCAUGUUCCGUUGUCAUUCACCAUGGGAUAUCUCGGCCAAAUCCAUACCUCAUCAAGGAAGUCAAGCAAGCAGUCUCAAUUCCCAUAAUGGCCAGAGUUCGAGUUGGGCAUUUUGUUGAAGCGCAGAUACUGGAAGCAAUGGGUGUAGACUAUGUUGAUGAGAGUGAACUUCUAGGUAUUGCUGAUGCCGACCACUAUAUUAAUAAGAACAGAUUUAAUGUGCCAUUUGCUUGUGAAUGUCAGAAUCUUGAGGAGGCAAUGAUGAGAGUAGCAGAAGGGGCAGCGAUUAUUUGGCUGCAAGGGACCAGAAAUGAGUGGAGUCCAUCUCCAUCAGGAACAGUCGUUGAGACAGUUGGGAAUGUGAGGUCAGUAAUGAAAAAGAUAAGAAGUCUGACAAAUGAGGAUGAAGAUGAGGCUUUAACAUUUUCAAUGGAGAUGGGGGUGCCUUAUGAUGUUGUUGCCCAGACCAAGCAAAUUGGCCGGCUGCCUGUGGUGCAAAUUGCAGCUGGAGGCAUUGAGACGCCUGCUGAUGCGGCACUUAUGAUGCAAUUGGGGUGUGAUGGGGUCCUUGUAGGAUCACAUAUAUUUGACGGUUUGGAUCCGUUCAGGCAAGUUCGUUCUAUUGUUCAGGCUGUCAAAUAUUACAAUGAUCCGUAUGAAUUAAUGGAGAUUUGCUUUGGAUUAGAGGUUGCUGAGGCAGCCAGUGAAACUGAAGAUUUUUAGUAACCCAGCAAAUGGUCCAUUUCUGAGCAUAAAAGGAUAAUGAUUUCACCAUGAUUUCCAGUCUGUAUUCCAUUUUCUUGUAUCAUGUCAAAAAAAAUAUUACAGAAUAAAUUUAUUUAUUGUUUAAAUCUUU